AUGUCGUUUCGCGGCGACGACCAGCGCCGUUAUGGCUCUGUCCCGCCUGUCCAGUACCCCGUCACGGGGCCUUAUUCCGCACAUCAACACCAGCAGCAGCAGCAGCAACAACACCAGCAGCAGCUUCAACAGCCAGCGCAGGAUCUUGGCCGCCGGCCCAGCUUCAAUACUGGCGACGACAGAAACACCAGCACCUACUACUCGCAUCACCACGCCGCCGUCGACCACAAUGGUCCCGACUUUGCCCACGCCUCAGCCCCCGCCGGCGCAGACGAGCUCUUCCUCACAAGUCCCACCGCCACCGCCUCGACUUCGACCAGCCCGCUCGCCGGCUUCCAACAUCGCUUUCAAGAUCCCGCCGCCCACCCCCCUUCCGCUGCCGCGUACAACCCGCAGACCUUUGUCGCCAACAACGCCGCCUCGGCCACUGGUGGCUUCACUAGGUCGCAGUCUACCGCGAGCUCCUACUACCCGCACACGCCACAGUCCAACGCUGCCAUCUACGGCGGCGCGUCCCCGCCGACAUCAUAUACGCCCCAGUCCUAUAAUCCAGCCGCCUACGCCCAAGCUACCAAUCCGCCCCAGCGACAGGCCACCUACCACGGCUACAGCAGCUACGACAACAGCAGUGCCUACGGGCAGUCACCCGCCGCAACGUACUCGCCCUCCUUCUCCCAGACGACCCAUUCGCCCGGCCUGUCUUCUGGCUAUCAGUACUCAACACAAAGUCCGACCACCCCCUACACAGCAUCCCAGCCUCCGACAGCCACCUACGACCCUUCCAACUACUCCUCAACAUCAUAUCAGCAGUAUCCUACCAAUGGCGCGGAUCAACAAAACGUGCAGUACGCCGCGGCGACUGCGCCAUACCCAGCGGCCUCGCAGAUUCCGGUCGGGCCUGCCUACAACGCCAAUGAUCAAUCAUUAUAUAACAACCAGUCCGUGAGGCCUGAUUCGCAGUCCUCUCAGGGCGGCGCCGGACCAUUUGUCCAGCCUCUCGGUUCUCCAGGCCUGCGCCGCCAUCCCACAAACGCUCCUCUUCCCAGCCGGCCUGGCGAAUCAACCUGGAACACGGCGGCGGCUGACAGAAACAGCGCCGAGCAGCGCAUCACCACUGAUAGCAUCCUCGAGGAGAUUGAAAACACCUUUGGCGAGACUACGAUAUCGGGCCGUCAGCGCCCCGCGCCCAUCGACGGUCGUACGGACCAAGAUCAAGCACGCAUGUUUCGCCAAUUCAAUUCAAAUCCUACCACACCCGGCUUUUCAGACGAGAGGCGCGCCUCGAAUCAAUCCUACGCCAAUGGUGCCGACGACGAGGCCACCGCUGGUGCCAUGGCUCUGCAGCAGGCCAACGCAGGCAUCAUCGAGCCUCAUUACUCGAGUGGCUUUGGCUAUACCGACAUGCCCACAAUGCCGGACGAAAAGAACCUCCCACCCCACCCUGAGGAGCAGGACUAUAGCAGCGAGGACAGCGAAUUUGCAGGCGUCGACCUGGCCGGCUUGUCAGGCGGAUACGCUGGCGAUAUGACCUAUGGCAGCGUUGAAGCGCCUCCGCCCGGCUCCUCAUCCAGCCAAAGACCGUUGCCAACGCCGACCUACUUUGAUAACCUGCGGACGGGAUACCACGACGCGCCCGCUUUCGAGCAGGCAGAGAUUGAUUAUGGCGACACCGGUGGUCUCCAACUGCCCACACGCCGAAGCUUUGACUCGGGCCCAGACCGCGUGUCGCUCCACUCGCGAGCAAGUGGCGGAGAGUCGCCAGCCCAAGACGACUACCAGGAUCUUUUCUACCACCCAGGUCUCACUAAUAGACCUCUGCCGCCACCGCCCGGCUCAGAUAGCAGCUCUUUAUUGUCGACGCAAAACAGCCUCCGGCAGCCACAGCGACCGCACUCACAGUCACUCGGCAUCGAUGGACGACCUCUGCGACCUGAUGGUCCCGAGUCAUACUACACUGGCGCCAACCACCUUCUUCAACCUGAGCGAUCCAUCUCCCUGUCUAGUCACAGCAACGCCCCGGCUGUACCACAACCUAUCCGCUCCAAGACCGACGCCGCCGAAGACCGGAGGAAGCAGGGCCAUCAUCGCCAUGCUUCGUCAUUCGGCGGCCCGGGACCUGCCGAAUACGACACAGCAGCACCCGCGAUUGGAGCGUUUGACGGCAUCACGCUGCCCACUGGACGCAAAAAGAAAUUCUUGCCCGCGAAACUCGGACCGGCCGACUUUUUGCGCUGUGCGGAGCCCUGGGCGCUAAGCAGCAUCGAGUCUUGGAUGCGCGAGAUGGCUCUCGGCGAAGCUGAUUUGAAGAGCAAAACAGUUGAGGAAGGUCUGACAGCGCUUUUUACUUUCAAGGUGCCAACAAUGAAUGUGGCAGAUGCCGAGGUGCUCAGCAGCUCUGUGCUUGCUACUAUGCUCCAUGCCAGCGUUCUGGUGCCCGAGGAGGAAUGGGUCAAAUUCGGUGAUGGUCACAUAUCUGGUGUCCUGUGGCAGCUCACUGGUACCGGCUGCUAUGCGCCUAAACUGCACGAGUACAACACGCCAGGACGAUGCUACUCAAUGCACUGCACCCGAACACUCAAGAAGGUCGACUUCAAUGUGUUUAGCGAAGAGUCCAAGUCGACGGGUGAGUGGUACAUUUUCUACAGCCUUUCAAAAGAAGACUUUGAGACAAAGCCCAAGAAGGAGGUCGAGCGCCAGAACAUCCUGCACGAAAUCGUCACUGGCGAGGAGAACUACAUCAAGCAGCUCGACGUCUUCCGCACACUCUACCGCGACGACUUGCGCACACGGCAGCCUCCCAUCAUCCACCCGGACAAGCAAGGCAAGUUUUUGGCAAGCGUUUUUGGCAAGGUCGACUCUGUCUUGAAUAUCAACAAGGAUCAUCUCCUUGCGCAGCUCAAGUACCGCCAGAAGGAGCAAGGCCCUUGGGUUGUGGGCUUUAGCGACAUUUUUCGCGAAUGGAUUCGAAAAGCCAAAAAGGUUUAUAUUGAAUAUGCCACAGGCUAUCCUCGCGCCACGUACAUGGUUCGUAAGGAGGCCACACGUAACCUGCUGUUCAGAAAGUUCUUGGAAGACAAGCAGAAACACAAGUCGUCUGGGAAGCAAGACUGGACCCAUUUCCUCAUAACGCCCCUGCAGCGUCUGCAGCGAUACAUUCUGCUCCUGGAGAGUGUAGACCACAAGAUGAUUGGAGACAGCGAGGAGAAGGCCAAUUUGCAAAAGGCUAUCCAGGAGAUCAAGACGGUCACGCUCGAGUGCGAUGCCAAGGUCGCAGAAACCAACAAGCGCGUCGAAAUGAUGGAUCUUGACCGCAUGCUUGUUCUCCGUCCGGGCUUCCAGUCCGUCUUGAACCUCGAUCAUCUGGGUAGAGCCCUGAUUCUGCAGGGAGAUUUGCAGAGGCUGAGCUCCACGGGUAUGCGAUGGGUGGACACGCAUGCGCUGCUCUUUGAUCACUACUUUAUCCUCGCCAAGGUGGUUCCGAGUAAAGAUGGCAAGUCGGAGAAGAAGUAUGAUGUGUCUCGAGAGCCCAUUCCCAUGCCACUGCUCUUCCUGGAGAGCAACAAUGACGAAGCCAUAAUAAAGCAAAAGGGCAUCACGGCGCCCCUGGGCCGCACGGCACCUGCUAGCGCCGCUGGCCAUCAGCUCAGCAAGGUCACCAGCAACGGCAGCGGAAGGCCUGGGCUGGAGCACACCUCCACCGGCUCGUCUACAACGACAGCGACGCAGACACAGUCUAACGAUCCCGAGAGCAAGAUUCUGUACCCCUUCAAGGUAAAGCAUCUGGGCCACGAAGUCUACACGCUGUAUGCGUCAUCUUUGCGCGACCGCACGGAUUGGUGCAACAAAAUCAUCGAGGCCAAGACAAUGCAUGCCAAGGCUUUGUUUUCGCAGAAUGCCGAACCAUUUAGACUUCGCGUCCUGGCAGACGCGUCCUUCCACUACGAGGCCGGCUCGCCUCACGCCAAGAGCGUGAGCGUGGCGGUCAAGGGUACUCCGUUGGACCGCGCGAUCCAGGACCUGGAGAGCGUGUUGGGCUCGGCUAAGAGUGUUCCGCCAGUCUGCCGUGCGCAAGUCAACUGCGCGGCGGGUUUCUCGGCCUUUGGCAAGACACUAAUCGCCAUUGGCACAGACUACGGCGUCUUCAUUUCCGACCCGUCAAAUCCACGCGGUUGGACACGGAGCGUGCAGGCGACACGAGUGACGCAGCUGGCUGUGCUGGAGGAUUUCAACGUCUGCCUCAUCAUUGCCGACAAGUCGCUCAUCUCGUAUCCACUGGACGUCGUGGCGCCCGUGUCUGAAUUCGCGCCUCCCCUUUCGGACAACACGCGCCGUGCGCCGCAGCGCCUCGCCAAGGACGUGACGUAUUUUGCUACGGCGCGCAUGAAGGACCGCACGCUGGUUUUCUACAAGCGCAAGGAGGGUCUGCACACGUCGUUCAAGGUCGUGGAGCCGCUGUACCACAAAGCGACGGAGAAGCGCUCGCGCAUCUUUGGGGGGCGCAAGUCGGCCGCGGGCAGCACGGACACGUUUCGCGACUUUGACGAGUUCUUCUUCCCGGCCGAGUGCUACUCGCUGAGCAUCUUCCAGACGUACAUUGCUGUGGCGACGGCCAAGGGCAUCGAGAUGCUGACGCUGGACCGCAAGCAGCCCAUGUCGAUCCCGGACCUCAAGGCGCAGGCCAUUUCCAACAUUGCGAGCCGGAUCCGCGACCAGAAGCCGCUGGGCAUGUUUCGCCUCAACGAGAACGAGUUUAUCCUGACGUACGAGGACUGCGCCGUGUACGUGGACAAGCACGGCGACGUGUCGCGCACGCUCAUCAUGGAGUACACGGGCAAGCAGAAAAAGGCGCGCGGCGCGACCAUGUACGGCCAGUAUCUCUUGCUUUUCAACGAGGACUACGUCGAGGUGCGCAACGCGGACAACGGGCGUCUAAGGCAGAUUAUUGCCGGCCGCGACGUGCGCGUCAUUGACAGCGGCAUCCGCGGCCCCACGGGCGAGAACGCGGCGAUGGCCCAGCAGCUGCAUGGGCACAACGGCCAGAUGGCCACGGCGGGGGACACGUCCAAGGGCACGGUCAAGAUUGCCAUGGCGCAUCCGGAGCUGCAGGGGCGGCAGAUUGUCUUUGAGAUGCUCCUUAACGAUGGGCACUCGGAGACGUAA